CAGACUUUGUUCUCUUUCCUUGUCUCUAUUCCUCAUUUUUGUUUCCAUUUAUAAACACAAAACACACACACACACACACGGAUAUGUGUGUAUAGUGAUUUUCUUCUGCUGUUUGUUUCUAUAUAUAUAAAUGUGGAACCUGCAGCCAAGAAUCAGAAAGAUUUCCCCAUUUUGAAAGGAAGCAGAGCUCCGGAACAGCCGGCGGGGGGCGGCGGCGGCGGGUUGUCUCGCCGGGGAAUAUUCCUCCUCGUAGACUUCUUUGUAGCUGCAAUCUGCAUGCAGAGGAGAAUAUUUUCAGUGCUGGUUCAGAGAUUUGAUUUGAUCGUUUUGUGGGCUUUGAGGAAGUAAAGAUCAGUUGAGUGGAAAUCCCUGAAAUCUUUAGCUUUUUCUCAUCACCAUUUCAAAAGGGUAUCUCAAGUUUCUGUCAAAGAUUCAUCUUUGAGGCUGUGAAGAAAUAGACAGAGAAAGUAAAGAAAGAGGUGGAAGAGAGUGGCUGGCUUGGGUAGAAGAAAAAAAGAAUAUUAAAAGAAGAAAAAGACAAGUGCAGUAGAAACAGAAGAUGUUGACGUGUAUUACGUGCUCAAAGCAAAGAAUGGAAGAUGGCGGAGAGGAUGCCCCGCGUGGGACUCCCAGUACCAAAGACGCCGUCAAAAGCCUGACUACGCAGAUCAAGGAUAUGGCAUUGAAAGUCUCAGGAGCUCAUAAAGGCAAGCCUAGUCAGACAGAAGAAAGCUUCAAGAAAGGUCAAAGAUUGUAUCCCGACUUUGAUACAAUCUCAGAGGGGGCUCCAUACCCAUAUGUGCAACCAGGUAGCUCAAGUUCUACUCCAGCCUGGGAUUUCACAACCACUGGUCAUCGUGCUGCUCGGCCAGACUCAAGAUUCACUUCAUUUGGCGGUGACCGAACUCCUGGUGGGCUAGAAUCCAUAUCAGCCCAGUCUGGUGAAGUGGUGCUGGAAGAUGAAGAGGAACCAAAAGAGUGGACAGCCCAAGUGGAGCCUGGUGUCCAAAUAACUUUUGUUUCUCUUCCUCGGGGAGGGAAUGAUCUAAAACGAAUCCGUUUCAGCCGGGAGAUGUUUAACAAAUGGCAAGCUCAGAGAUGGUGGGGUGAAAAUUACGACAGGAUCAUGGAGCUAUACAAUGUCCAAAGAUUCAAUCAGCAAGCUCUCAACACUCCAGGAAGAUCAGAGGAUGGAAGAGACUCGAUUUACUCCAAGCUCGGGUCUGCCAGAGAAAGCCCUCGAAUGACUCCAUCACUGAACAGAGAGUGGACUCCAAGAUACAGACCUCCUGGAGGUAAAGACUAUUUCCCACCAGAAAGUUUUCAUGGUGGGAAUCAACAUUACGGUGUAGGUUCCAGUGUGUCGUACCCUUCUGGCGGCCAGAAGGGUGAGAUGUCGUCCAUGGAGGCAUCAAGAACGACAACCUCCUCCAGAGAUGAGGCUUCCGUUUCUAUAAGCAAUGCAAGUGACAUUGAGUCAGAGUGGAUUGAAGAAGACGAGCCUGGUGUUUAUAUUACCAUCAGACAACUUGCUGAUGGCACCAGAGAGCUUCGACGUGUGAGAUUCAGCCGUGAGAAAUUUGGAGAGGUGCACGCGAAGCUGUGGUGGGAAACUAACAGAGACAGAAUACAAGCUCAAUACCUUUGCUAGUAAAUCCGAGGCAUAUCCAAUGAAAAUUCCAUAUUCUCAUGGAGACACUCCAUUUUGGCGGAGCCAGUUGAAAAUGCGACUCCAAGACAGUGAAUACCGCUGCCCGAAAACUUAAUAUCGAUAUCUGCUAACCGAAGAAGUUUCAACUCACAAUAGAUUCUGCCUAAAAGGGCAUUAGAUUCAGGCAGAGCUAUUUCAUUUUUCACAUCCUGCUUUCGUUCGUAGGUACUUGUUGCCGUCUAUACCAUGUUUUUGCGAAUUAUGUUGAGGCCAUGUUUUUCCUCCUUCCUAGAUUAUACCAUUUCAUUUUCUUACUCUCAUUUGAAGCAAGCUUUCAGAAAUUGGACAAACUCAGUGAUCACAAGCUACAGAUGUUGGGCUCCAUCUACUUUGUAUAUGCACCAAAUCCAUACUGGUUCUAUCAUCAAUUGUUCAUUCUCUU